UGGAAGUAGAUAAAGAGCCAUGGAAGUAUGGUUCAUUUAAGGGAGAGGCCAGAGAAGUGGGAGGAAAACCAGGACAGUAUUAAUCUCUGAAGCCAAAGGAAGAGAGCAUUGCAAGGAGGGAGUGAUGGUGAAUAGUGGAAUGCACAGAGUGGCCUAAGUGUCCUGGAUUUUCACUUUAGACUGGGUGGUAUGGUGAAAAGAGUAUGAACUUUAAGUCCUGGCCAGUGGCUUCAAUUCCUGUGACAUAGGACACAUUUGUAACUUCUGUGAGCUCCAGUUUAAUCUGUAAAACGAGUUUAAAAUACCUAGCUCAUAAGAUGCUAUGAGAUUUUGAGGUGCUGUCUAUAGAUGCCUUGCCCAGUGCUACUCUGGGAGUAGAGUUGAGGGUGGAUUGGCAUAGUUGAGAUUGGAGACUGCUGCAGAGGUCAUUAGGAUGGAUCAGUGGAGGCCAGACUGGGAAGACUGAGGGCUUGGUCAGUGGGACUUGGUCAUGAAGCAGCAGGCAUGGUGAGUUUUAUGUGUCUCUGAGGUUUCCAACCUGGAUUCCUGGAGUAUCCCAGUGUGGACUGGAGAAGAGGCAAGUGCAUGAAGAACUGUUGACCAGGUUUCUAUUUUGGACAUGUUGAAUUUGAGAUGCCUGUGGGCCAUUUAAGGGAAAACAAGGAGACAUUAGCAGAGUCCGGGGAGAGGCUGACCUGGGCUGGUGAUGUGGGCGUAACCAGCAUGUGUGUGAAGCCUGGGUAUGGGUGAAGUUACUCUGAAAGGAGAUAAGAGGAGCAGUCCUAUGUGAAGGGCAGGCCAAGGAGGAGAAGGAGAGAGAAACCAGAAACUGCGAGGAGAGGCACUCAGCCAUAUGGCAUGUACCAGAGAGGCCAAGUAAGAUAAGGACAGAGACAGGAAUGGGGUCCUGGGGUACAGCAGGUGCUUGGUGAGCCCUCAGAGGCUGUGUUAGUGGAGGAGAUUUAGCUGGAUAGCAAACCGGGUGGAGGGACUGGCACAGAGCAAGUGGAGAUGGUGUAGCAUCAGGCUGGAAAGAUGGACGCUUUGGAGCCUGUUGCCUGGCAGAAGAGGAGAUGCCAGUGGGAGCGAGAGGCCCAGUGUGUGAAGAAACGGGGCUCAUUAAUGCCACAAAGUCUUGGAAAAGACUAGAAACACAGAACUCAUAGGAAUAUUGGUUGGCAGAACAGCAGGGCACCUCUUGGGGAGCAGGAGUCGAUGUGGAUACAGACUUGCUGAAAUAUGCACACCUUACUUGGUUCUACCUGUUGUCUUAUCAGACUACCCUUUGGUACUUCAGAAGUUAUUGGAUCGUGGUUGUAAACUCCGGUUUUUAGUGACCUGACUUAGUUCCCCCCACCCUCUGCCUCCAACAGUCUUAUGAGGAAUUCCAGUUAUAACUGGCUCCUUUGGUGGAAUUUGAGAUGCACUCUCUUCUCUGUUAAGCAAAUGCCUCAGAUUACAAACAUUUCAGUUUCAGCCUACAGUGUCCUCAACAACAUUCCAGUAUUUUAAAUUUCUGGCUAUACUUUUCCCUUCUCCAAGAUAUGAAGAAAACAUGAAGCACCACCAGUUACAUCCAGUGAUCAAGGCUUUCCUGUGUGGCUCCAUCAGUGGGACCUGCUCUACCCUCCUUUUCCAACCUCUGGAUCUCCUUAAAACACGCCUGCAAACCCUGCAGCCCUCAGAUCAUGGGUCUAGACGUGUUGGGAUGUUGGCUGUACUCUUGAAGGUGGUUCGCACGGAGAGUCUUUUGGGCCUUUGGAGAGGGAUGUCCCCUUCCAUUGUGAGAUGUGUCCCUGGCGUUGGAAUCUACUUUGGCACCCUCUACUCUUUGAAGCAGUAUUUCUUGCGAGGCCAUCCCCCAACCGCCCUGGAGUCGAUCAUGCUGGGGGUGGGCUCUCGCUCUGUUGCAGGGGUCUGUAUGUCACCUAUCACGGUAAUCAAGACGCGCUAUGAGAGUGGGAAAUAUGGCUAUGAGAGUAUCUACGCUGCCCUGAGGAGCAUCUAUCGCAGCGAGGGGCACCGGGGCCUCUUCAGUGGCCUGACAGCAACUCUCCUUCGAGAUGCGCCCUUUUCAGGAAUCUACCUGAUGUUUUACAACCAGACCAAAAACAUAGUGCCCCAUGACCAGGUGGAUGCAACCCUUAUUCCUAUUACAAAUUUCAGCUGUGGGAUAUUUGCUGGUAUUCUGGCCUCACUGGUAACUCAACCUGCAGAUGUUAUCAAAACUCAUAUGCAGCUUUACCCACUGAAGUUUCAAUGGAUUGGUCAAGCAGUGACACUUAUUUUCAAAGACUAUGGACUACGUGGCUUCUUCCAAGGUGGCAUCCCCCGAGCCCUCCGCAGAACUCUAAUGGCAGCAAUGGCGUGGACGGUGUAUGAAGAGAUGAUGGCCAAGAUGGGCCUGAAGUCCUGACCAAGAGAGGACUGGGAAAGGGUGAAAUCUAUUGCCCUGCUUGGUUUCUGCCAAGGGCUGCUGCUGCUGCUUACUAUUCUGCAGUAAGAUGAAGUCCUACCUGGAAAGCCAGGCAGAAAUUGUGUUGCCUUUGCCUUCGGUAAUCCCUUUAAGGAGAAAAUAUAUGAACCUGAUUUGAGCCUUCAGAAUCUCCAAAAGAGGAGUCACCAAUAUAUAGAGCACACUGGGGUGUUAGGAGAGAGCUUUGCAUACCCUGAGAGGCUACUUGGAAAGGCAUUUUCCCAGGAGAGCUCUGGCAGGUGGCUGCGCUUCAGCCCUGCACCUACACCACAGUGUGUCCUUGGGUAUGUUCUUGGGCAAGGAAUCGCAAAGCCAGAGAAGCUGUAAGCUGCCUGCCAGGCCUGAGGAGCUCCAGCCAGGGAAGAUUGGAUGUGAGGAGAGGAGUCACUGUCACCAGGUCACAGAAUGACUGAGGUGAUGGUAGGAUGAGAGGAACAGAUGCCCUUCUUUAAUUGGUUCUUAAUCAACUUCUCAGAGGCUCUGGAGAACGGGACAGUGGCUUUCUAGCCUCUGAAUGUCCAAAUAAAAUUUUUUGGUCUUGGCCCCUGUACUGUUUUACCUCUAAAUUCUGGCAUUUUUUUUUUCCUGCAAUUAAAGUGUUUUACUUGAUUUAUUGAACUUUAUCAUUGAAAGCUGUUUGGAAAACCUAAAA